UCAAAAAAUAAUCUCUUCUUCUGUUGUCUAAUCAUCUCUAGCGUGUCCGUGUCAGCAUGGAUUUCCGACAGGAAAUUCGAGAGGACGACAUCAUUGUGUUUUCGCUGUUGUACUCGAGCAUAACCGUUGUGUUUGCAAUGGCUGUGUUAUCAAAAUUCCUGACGAACGAAUUCAGAUUCGGAUUUCGCUCUUUCCUCAGCCUGGUUGUCUUGUUCAUCGGCGAACCACUUUGUCAGUUCUUUGUACAAGGUCCUGGUGGAUUGCUUGUGUUCGGAUUCGGUUGUUUAUGUAUUUAUUCCAUUUUGCCAGCUAGUCAUCUUCCAGCGGGCGAUAAAGUUGUGCUUGUAACAGGCUGUGAUAGUGGGUUUGGAAAUGCACUGGUCAAGAAGCUAGACAGUAUUGGGAUGAAGGUGUUUGCUGGUUGCCUCUAUAGUGAUGGCCCUGGUGCUAUAGAUCUAACAAAUUCAUGCUCGGACAGGAUGAAGAUAUUACAGCUGGACAUCACAAAGCCUGACGAGGUCAGUGAUGCUGUCACAUGUGUGUCUCAGCACCUUGGUGAGGAAGGUUUAUGGGGACUGGUGAACAACGCUGGGGUGUGGUAUUUUGCUGAGCUGGAGAUGACGUCUGAGAAAGUCUUACAAAAAGUGCUGGAUGUAAACCUGCUGGGAGCUGUACGGGUAACUAAGGCUUGUCUACCUCUGAUCAGAAAAGCCAAGGGUAGAAUUGUAAAUGUCUCCAGUCUGACAGGGCGUGUUCCAGUAGAAGGUAAUGGUGCCUAUGCUAUGUCCAAACAUGGGCUGGUGGCUUUCUCUGAUACCUUGCGACUGGAGAUGAGGAAAUGGGGGGUGCAUGUGGCCCUGAUAGAACCUACAGGAUUCUCCACUGGCAAUAUGAAGGAUUACAUUUUACGCAGCAGAAAAGAGGAGAUAUGGAAUUCGCUGGGCGAGGCCACUCAGCUCACCUAUGGUAGAGAAUAUUUAGACUCCACUUACUCAAACAUUAUCAGUGCCGUGCCACGCUUCCCUAAAGAUCUCAGUCCAGUCAUCCGCUCUAUGCGCAGCGCGCUGCUCUCUAAACGCCCGCGAGAGCGCUACCCUUGUGGGAUGGGUGCAGAGAUCGUGAUAUGCCUGUAUCCACUACUGCCCAUCUGGCUGGGCGAUAAACUGUCCGUAGCUAUCGGCUUCAUUCCCAAAAUGCUCCUGCCAAAAACUCUGCGAAGCCAGAACAGAGUGUGAUCUACAGUAAAGGGAAAAACACAGGUGUGUUUUGAUUGUGUACAUUGACACUGUAUAUUAAUAAGGUAUCCUUUUGUAUAUAAUUGUAAGUUAAGUAAGAUACUUUGAUGCAUAUUUGUUAACAAUAAUAUGUUUAUUAAUGUUUCAUACAUUACAUGUUGAAAGGAUGUAUUACCUAGUUUUAGUGCUAAGUCAAAAAUGAGUAUUUUCAGAAGGCCACAAGGGAAAAGGAAUAAUAGAUUACAAAGUCAUCAACAAUUGACACACUUGGGAAAGAUGAUGUUAAGUAAAGAUACAACAGUUAUCUUUGUGACAGUUUUUGUCAGUUACCUGUAACACAAUGGUAACACAAAUCAUUUUUCAACUUGGGUCAUCAUUAUGACAUACAGUGUGUGAAUUAUAAGCUAUUUAAGUAUUGUGCUUUGAAAAGUAGUAGAAGUGUCACUGUAAAAUGCUCCCAUAGGGGUCUAUGUAGUACAUCUACACAUAUGUGCAUUGUAUAUGUACUUCACAGUAUCAUGUGCAGUACUAGGAGAGUUUUACAUCAAACAGUGCUGUAUUGUACAUGUGUGCAUUGUAUAUGUACUUCACGAUAUCAUGUGCUGUACUAGGAGAGUUUUACAUCAAACAAUGCUGUAUUGUAUUUGCAUACUAUAUUUAUGUAUUUUUAUGUAUUUGAUUAGUGUUUUACACUGUACUCAAGAAUAUUUCACUUAUACAACAGCAGCCAGCAUUAUGGUGGGAGGAAACCGGGCAGAGCCCAGAGGAAAUCACGACCAUCCGCAGGUUGCUGCAGACUUUCCCACUUAUGGCCAGAGAGGAAGUCAGCAAGAGCUGGACUUGAACUCACAGCGACUGCAUUGGUGAAAGGCUCCUGGGUCAUUAUGCUGGGCUAGCCAUAUUAUACAUGUACGUUAUUACAUGUAAAUCUCCAGGUAAAAUGUGCCAUGUGUCACAGGUUUUCAUAUGGAUACCACAGUGCUUGUGUCGCAUAUUAUAUUUAUGUGUGUCACAAAAUCAAAAUCUCAUUGACUGUGUCACAAUUUUAUGCUUCAAAUCAUCUUUACAAUAUGUUUUAUAAUCAAACACGUGCUUUAUCAUAUGUUUUGUACUUUAAAACGUCCAUAUAACAUUUGUGUAACUACAGUUAAUUAGCUGAACAUUUGGUUUGAGAGCAUCAUGUAUCAAGGUGUGUUUAAGUGAUGUGGAACAGUUUUCAGCAUAACAUUGGAGAGGCUCACAUGUUGUUUUUGAUUUAUGACAAUGUGCCACAAUUUCCAGACACCACGUUUCUGCUAAUAAGCUCAUUAUGUUGUUUGAGAGGUGGAAAGUGUCAUGAUAACUUUGUGUGACCUGAGCUAACUAGCUGUACAAUUGAGAGCGUCACACACUGAGGAGUUUCAAGUAAUGUGCAAACAUUUCCAGAUAACAUUUGUGUGAAUCUUAGGAGCUGAGCAUUGUAGUCCAAGGCCAUUGCAAGUUGAGGUGUUUUGAUUAAAUUUUGACUGUCCAGAUAAUUAACAUUUUAAUGCUAGCCUUAUAGCACAUUGUUUAACCUUUUUGAACCUUUUAUUCAGUAUGUAUGAGCCCUUAAUGAAGUGUAAACAAUUUUGAUACACUGUAGUACAUGUUACAAUGUGCCAAGUACACACUGACAGAAGCCAGAUGCUUAGUUUUUCUGAUAUUGUGUUCACAUGAAGUCAGAUCUCGAUCCAUAAAAGAUCACCCUAAGAUGUACACAUUUUGACACUGGAGUAACUCUUAAUUUUAUCAUCACCCAAGAAAUACAUGAACUCAUGUACUUGGUAUCUUUGCGUAUUCAGUAACACAGAAAACUAAUUAAAUCAAACUAUUGAAAAAAGUAGGGCAUAUUCACCUUCAAUUCAAUAUAGAUUAAUAACAAAUAAUCCGUUACAGAUCCGAGACCUGUGGGGAAAGAAAGAACAUACAGACUAAGAUUAAGAUUUUAAUGAGUCAAAUGGAUCAAAAAUGAUGAACAAAUGUGAAUGCAAAUUUAAUAUAGAUUAAUAACAAAAAAAAUUAUCCGUUACAGAUCCGAGACCUGUGGGGAAAGAAACAACAUACAGACUAAGAUUAAGAUUUUAAUGAGUCAAAUGGAUCAAAAAUGAUGAACAAAUGUGAAUGCAAAUUCAAUAUAGAUUAAUAACAAAAAAAAUUAUCCGUUACAGAUUCGAGACCUGUGGGGAAAGAAACAACAUACAGACUUAAGAUUAAGAUUUUAAUGAGUCAAAUGGAUCAAAAAUGAUGAACAAAUGUGAAUGCAAAAUUUGAAGUGCACCUCAUCCUGAUUCCCAUGCACUUGCCUGCCGUGCAAAGACCGAAAUUUUUUUAACUUCUAAAGCCCAAAUAUAAACUUUAAGAUCAUAUUUCAGAUUUUGACUUAUGUUAGAUAUGGCUUUGUGGAAUUUGCCCGAGAUCACGUUAUUGAUGGGUUUUGAUGAUUAGCACGACAUGCCAUGAACUUAAAACCCCUUAAUUCAUUCACAUUUGUACAGGUGUAUUAAGAUACUGUUGUUAGAAAUAUCAGCGUGCAAUGGAUUAUCCUCCUUUUGAUUCAUGUAUAAUACACUUAUUUUCUUCCAAGGCUAUGUACCUAGGUAGGUUUUAAUUAGAGCCUGUGUGUUCACAUUACACUCAGAAAACAGUGCUGAAACCAGUACUAGUCCCCUCUUGACAUGCAGUGAUUACAGCUUAGCCUGUCACUUCACUUUUGAAACUGUUUUACAAUAGACUCUAAGUGGUAUUGUGUACAACCUCUUUACGUUAUUCGCAAUAUUUCCAUGAAUUGUGUCAUUUCUGUACAAUCAUCACUUAUUUCAAUUUUCAGUUCUGCAGGUAUCUGUCGUUACAACUCCACAGUUCAAAUUUACUUAAUAUGCGUUCAUUUUUUAUUACAUGAUUGUACAUGCUUGUUCUUUUAUUUCGGAUCUCCCAUUUAUUUUUCCUAAUUUGUUUGCUGCAAAGUAUUUUUUAAGGUAUUAUCAGUGGUUUUAAACUUUUUGAAAUGGAGGUAUUAUUUUCACAGAUUUACCUUUGACAUCAUUAGAUUGGCUAGUUGUAUAUAUUUCAUGAGAAAGUGAGAUUGUUUAAAGCUAUACAGGCCAAAUUGUUUAAAGCUAUACAGGCCAAUACAGGAUUGUUUAAAGCUAUACAGGCCAAAUUGUUUAAAGCUAUACAGGCCAAAAUUUACUUAAAUUUUUUAGUUUUUACCCUAUUAUUGUGCAUGUUCCUCUACUUCUAAUCUUCCAUUGUUUGCCCUUAGAUUCAAACGGUGAACAAACAUGUCUCCUCUGCUACUUUGCCAUUUCCUUCCUAAGUCGCAUGGUGUAGUCAAGAUAAGGACAUAUCUGACAGACUGUCAGAUAGACACCAGUUUUUAUUCUGAAACACAUUUCCGUUCAAGAAGAGAUAGACAUCGGUUUUUAUUUUGAAACACAGUUCCUUUCAGGAAGAGAUAGACACCCGUUUUUAUUUUGAAACAGGGUUCCGUUCAAGCAGACAUUAUUCUACUAUAUUAUAAUACUUAAAGGAAGCUUAGGCUUCUAAUGAUUGUAUCAGUCAAGUAAAAACAGGAAAGCACUGCCUGCACUGAUUAAGACUGAGUGUUUUCUGACUAUAAAUAGCCUUUUCUCCUUUUUGAUCUUCAGCACAGCUAACAAAAGGGGUGAUGUAGAUAAUCAUUUUAGGAGAAAGCAAAAAUUUUGAAAUCUUACAAAUGCGACCACAAAAGAGUAUUUUUUGAGGCAAAUAAAUGUCAUGAGAUAUUAUCUCUGGUGCUAAAAUUUACAUUUCCCAGUAGGAUAUCAUCCUCUGGAAGCAUCUUUCUAAAAUUAACAGAACUCCAAGAAUCCGGAAAAAAGAGCAACUUAGUCAUGAACAAAAUUUUAGUUAAUUUAGGGUAACUUUUUUUUUUAUUGAAGGACAUAGGAUACUGUAUGUAUUACAUUGCAUUGACACAGGUUGGAUGAUUUCACUAUGUUUGCUGUUUGAGUGUGUUAGGGUUGUGUUAGAAAAUGAUUGUCAGAUUCUGAAUUU